UUUCAGUUCCAGCCGGAGCCGCAUGUGAUCAUGGUUACCGUGUUCUCGUCCCCUGCUCCAGCAGCCGCCACCCUCUCCCUUUACAGUGUCUGUUUCAUCUAGCGACAGGUGGCACUUACAAUUAUGGAGGCUUAAGCAAGAAAGGAGUUGUGGGGAGCUUCCCUUCCCCUCUGGUGGCUGACUACAGAGGAAUGACAUUCAGGAGAGUGUGGUUAUAUUUUGACUGGAAACUUACAGAAGUUUUUAUUUUCCAUAAAAAUAUUACAAUUAAAUUUCUAUUUUUGUCUAUUUAAUAGCAAUAAAGUGCCAUAUAUUAUAGAUAGUAUUUUAUACCUUUAGAGGAUUAUUCCUCUUGCUAAACCAGCACUGCUGUCAUGAAUUGAACUAAUGUAACGAAGGAUAGAAGAUUGCUAGAGUGCAGUGUUUUUAUAACACCAGCACAAAUCUAGCGCCUUGAUUAGUACAUUUACCAGGCAGUUAAGUUCCAUAGCCUUCACUGGAAUUUAAGGCUUUUUUGAAGACCUGGAAGUGCGCGCAGGAUGAAUUCUGUGACAGCAGACUGCACUCCAAAGUGCCGCUCUCUCCAGCAUGCCCUUGACGUGAUUUCGGUGAUGACCAAGGGAACUGAAUGUCAGAAUAAAGCCUUCCUUUCAUCGUAUUGCUACAAUGCAGCUUCCCUGAAGGAUAGCUUUGGCAGAACGGUUCUACACAUGGCUGCAUCUUGUGGCAAAACAUCUGUUUUGGAUUGGCUCCUUGAAAAGAAAGGGGCUGACCCUUCAGUGAAAGAUAAGGAAUCUGGAUGGACAGCUCUGCACAGAAGCAUCUUCUAUGGACACAUUGAUUGCGCUAUGUUUCUUCUCAAGCAUGGGAGUAGUCUCCAUGUACAAGAUAAAGAAGGCUUAUCUACACUAGACCUGGCCAUGAAAGAUAGACCAUCACAUGUGGUUUAUAGAAAGACUGAUCCCACUGAAGUCUAUACCUGGGGUAACAACACUAAUUUUACCCUUGGUCAUGGAAGCCAACAAAGCAAGCAUCAUCCUGAGCUUGUGGACUACUUCUCCAGGUCAGGGAUCUACAUCAAGGAGGUUGUGCUUUGCAAGUUUCAUUCAGUGUUCCUUUCCCAAAAAGGCCAUGUGUACACCUGUGGCCAUGGCCAAGGCGGUCGACUUGGACAUGGAGAUGAGCAAACAUAUCUUGUUCCUCGACUGGUGGAAAAUUUAGCAAGCCAUCGUUGUUCUCAGGUGGCAGCUGCAAAGGACCAUACAAUUGUUUUAACAGAAGAUGGAUCUGUUUAUGCUUUUGGACUGAAUACUUAUUGUCAGCUGGGCAUUGUGCCUCCACCAGUCAACAGUAGCAUACCAAGACAGGUACAGUCCAAAACCCUUAAAGGAAGAACUGUGAUUGGAGUUGCUGUGGGGAGGUUUCACACUGUUCUAUGGACAAGGGAAGCGGUGUAUACCAUGGGUCUGAAUGGUGGCCAGCUUGGUUACUUAAUGGAUCCUAAUGGGGAACGAUGUGUGCUUGCACCUCGUCAAGUAUCCGCUUUGCAUCAUAAGGACAUAGUGAUCUCUCUUGCAGCAGCAAGUGAUGGGGCCACAGUGUGUGUUACGGAAAGAGGAGAUGUUUAUCUGUUGACAGGCUAUCAAUGCAAGAAAAUUGCUUCCAGGCAGUUAAACCUGAAGAAAAUUCUCGUUACUGGUGGACACCUGGAUCAUAAAGUUGAUCCUCAGGUACUUAACGAAGGAGGAGGUGAAAAAGUUUGCAUACUUGCCCUGGAUGAAUCUGGCACAGUGUUUUGUUGGCGAUCUUCAAGCUGCUUCAUUAAACAGUGUCGGUGGGCUUAUGGCCGUCAGGUCUUCGUGUCAGACAUUGCUUUGAGCAAACAUGAAAUGAUUUUUGUAACACAAGAUGGCGAUGGGUUUACGGGACACUGGGCAGGAGCAGAAAAAACAAAUUUGGAAAAAAAAGAGGAAUUGUCAAAUUCUCUGCAAAACCCUUUGGAUCAUUUUGUUAACACAACUGGAAUGAGCAACAGCUUCUAUGAAAGGAUUAAACUUGAAAAGCUUCCUUGUGUUCACCGUGCUGUUUCUGCUACCGUGGAUUUGAAUGGGCGCAAUUUUGCUAUUCUACAAUCUGACCCUAAAACUAGCUUGUAUGAAAUUCCAAGUGUUUCUUCCUCAAGCUUUAAUGAAGACUUUGGCAAACUACUCAGGGAAGCCACUGAAACGGAGAGUAUCCACGAUGUCACAUGUCAAGUUGGCAAUCAGAUUUUUCACAGCCAUAAAUAUAUCCUGGCCAUGCGAUCUGACUACUUUCGGAAGGUUUUCUUUCCUGAUGAAGAACACGUUGACAUGCCAGAUGUCCGACGACCGGAAGCUGGUGGAAUUGGAUGUGACUUGUACAUUCUGGAUAAGAUUCAAGCUGACUUGUUUGCCUAUAUUUUGCAGUUUAUAUAUACAGAUACUUGUGACUUGCUAACUGAGGGCUACAAACCAAAAAUCCAUUGCAUAGAAAAAAUAGUAACUUAUCAAGAUCCAUUAAUAUCCAACUUGGAAGAAUCUAUGCAGAAUUUCGGCUUUUGUGAAGAAUUGAAAGGGAAAUCUGCAUUUGAAGUUUAUGAAAAUUUGCCAUGUAAGAAAUCGAAGACCAAAAGUAAAAGCAACAAAAAAAGCAAAGGGCUUAAUGAGGAGGCUAAUGCAGUUAAAAUGCUGCAGGCUAUGGCAAAGAAGUUUGGUCUUGCCAGUCUGUCUGCAAGAUUAGAUGGGGUCAGAUUGGAAAAUUGGAAGAUAAAAGUUGUACAUAAGAAAGGAGGAAACAAACUGAAGUUUAAUCGCAAGAAAUGUUCAUAUUUAUGUGAUGUAACUUUGAGAUCAGAAGAUGGAAAAGAAUUUGACUGCCACAAAUGUGUGUUAUGUGCAAGACUAGAAUACUUUCACAGAAUGCUGAGUAAUGCCUGGAUUGAGGCUUCUUGUUGCACAGCUUUGGAAAUGCCUAUUCAUUCUGACAUUUUGGAGGUUAUUUUGGAUUAUAUUUACACUGAUGAAGCACCAGUUGUUAAAGAAUCAUCAGAUGUGGAGUUCAUUUGUAACGUGCUCGUGGUUGCUGAUCAGCUUCUUAUCAGUCGUCUCAAGGAGAUUUGUGAAGUGGCUAUUACCGAAAAAUUAACUUUAAAAAAUGCUUCAGAACUUUUGGAGUUUUCUACAAUGUACAAUGCUGACCAAUUAAAACUGUCCUGUCUACAGUUCAUAAGUAUAAAUAUGGCAGUUCUGCUUGAAGCAAGAUCUCUGGACAUUCUCAGUGAUGAAGUACUGAAGGAACUCUCAAAUGCUUAUAGGAAUAUGAUUCCAGCCAUGCAAAAAAGGAUCAUCACUCCUUAUCCAGGUGGUCCAGACAUCAGCUUCCUGAGCGAGGAGAUUGAUGAUAACUCCUUGGCCAGUAAAAUCGAAUUAGACUUUGAACCAUCUUCCAAAGAAACUCUUCUCAAAAAGGCAAAAGUAAAGGCUAAAAAGAAGCAGAGACGACGUCCUGACAGUUCAGGAGGAUACCAUUUAUCUGAUCUCAUUCAGAGCCCAACAUCAACAGAUUUGCAAAGACAUGCAAAAACUAAUUCAGUAGAGUCCCUGCAUGAGAUGUUGAUGUCUGAUUCUGAAGGCAGCUAUGCUGGUGGAGUAACCAGCCCCAGAGAACUAGCUUCACCUGAUUUUUCAGCUGCACUCUACCAAGAGAAAUCUGAGAUUGAUGAAAAGAGCCAUGUUACUGAGAUGAAAAAUCCAACUGAAGAGGUAAAAAUGCAUGAGAAAGCAUGGACUGCUAAGGGACAGUCAAAUCCAAAACCCAUUCCUCGAUCCAAUUCUGGAAGUGUCACUGGCUGGGUAAACGGUUCUCUCAGUCCUACAAGUCCUCCCACUGUAGGCCUACGAGCUAUUAUGGAAAUGGAAGAAAAUAUUCAAAAAUGUGAAAAUGUACCAAAGACUAAUGCAAGUGGAAAUAAGUCGUUAUGCCAUGGAGUGAAGCUUUCUCAGAAGCAAAGGAAGAUGAUUGCGAUGGCAGCUAAAGAACCAAGCACAAACUGCAGACUGGACACCACAUCUAUGAAAUUAAAUUUGCCUGCACCAUUAACCCUAUCAAAGACAGGAAGUGUUUGGGCGACUCCUUUCAAUGAUUUCGCUUCUCCCAAAUCAUUCCGCGAACUACUGAUGGAAGAAAAGUCAACAGAGAAAGCAAGUGACACCCCGCCAUCAAACUCAUUGGAUAAUAAUUAUAAACAACAAGAACAGCUGAGCAACAAAUAUGAACAACCUACCAGUCCUUGGUUAAUGACAGUUGCUAGAAGUCCACCAGCAAUGGCCCCAGUCACUUUUGCGGCAAUAGUGGAGGAAGAGCGUAAGCAAGAAGCUGCACUUGUGAAGAGCAGAGAGAAACCAUUGGCUUUGAUUCAGAUUGAAGAACGUGCUAUCCAGGACUUGCUAAUCCACUAUCGAGCCUGUAACAAUCCUGAGGAGUUUAUUAUGAUUGAUAGAUCACCACAAGGGCCCAUUGCAACCCCAAUAUGGAGUAAACACUGAUUAUUAUAGCUAUAUCAACUAUUAACCAUAACACUGUUUAUGAAAUUAACUUGGUUAGUGUUUAUUCUGAAAAGGCUGAAUUUUCAAGAGCAGAGGAGCAAAGAAUUGGUUGUUUCUCUCGAUCUGCUAUUGUGUUUGACCUUAGAGUGCUGUUAAGGGCAUAGUUUUAACUGGAAUACAUAUCAUUUCAACCUUUUUCACUGGCACGCUAAAUUUGAAUUUUAUAUAUUAAUUCCCUGUCAGAUAUUGAUUUUGUUUUCUCCCCCGCUACCCACUCCACACAUGUACUUUGAGUACUGUAUACUUUUGAAUGCAGCCAUGCUAAAUUGCUGGCAAAGAAUUCUUUUCAUGAAAAAUGAAUAAAUGUUUUGGGGAGCAGAAGCUGAAGCCCCGAUUGGAGUCAAUUAGAAAGCCAGGUGUUAUUAAAAUCAAAAUUAUUUCAAUGAGCAACUACACUUUUUUAAAGUACGAGUGAGAGGAACAUUUGAUCUGUUAUUUUUGGGCCUUGCCUGCAUGUUUUUUUUUUUUGUUUUUUGUGAAAGUUGUAACAUAUUGAAUAGAUUAAAUAGAUAGAGAACAAACACAAGCUUGAUUCAUAAAUUUAGUAGGGAUUGUCACAGGGAGAUGUGAAGAUCAAAUUACUUGUCCACAAAGAGGAAAAUUAGUCAACUGUCUUGAUAUUUAAAGGAAUGAUGGUGGCUUAGAAGCAAGUAAACAGUUGUCUUAAUUGGGGUCUGAUUAAAGGCAAGUGGGAAGCAAUGUCAUAAUGAUCCUACAAUGACACUAUUGUAGACUCGCUUAUAACUAUAUUUAAACUCUCAAAAUCUACUGAGGUUCAGCAGUAUUUGCUGAUUUUGGAGUACUGCACUUCAUGACCCACAUGAAAUAUUAAUUUAAUAUUAAUUUAUUAAUUUCAGCAGUGUUUGCUGAUUUUGGAAUAUUGCAGUACAUGACCCACAUGAAAUAUUACUUUAAACUGUCAUUUACAGACUUGUUGUAAUGUCAGAAAUGAGGAAGAUUCAAUUUCUUAUCCAGAAACAUUCAAUCUCCAGAAAGUCAGUACUUCCUUUUACACAGCCAAUCCAAGGCCGAUGGCAACGUCACAUUGUUCUUUCCCUUGUAGUUAUUUAAAAAAAAAUUAGAUAAAGCUCCAAUCAAUGGCCUCGAGCACCAAAUUUGUCAUCUUCAUUUUAGGUCUGGCUCCAGCUAAGCUGGUAGUCAAAUCUGUGGACAGACUUGAGGUGGUAGGCCUUAACAUGAUGACCAGCAUGGUUGCUGUUUAUACUUGGCAGUGGUGAAAUUAGUGAGUUCUGAAUGAAAGUCCCCUCUUGAACAAUUGUGAUGCUGCAAGCAGCAGUUGCUUUGCUUUUCUUUUUGAAACUUAACAGGCUUGGAUUGCAAUUGGAUCCAUCCCUGCUAACUAUCAUAAGUUGAUAUGUUAUUGUUCCAGUGCAGCUCAAAUAUUUGCGUUGGUUUUGUAGUGCUAAAAUCUAAUGAGAAAACUGUUACAAAAUAAUUCUGUGCAUGAAUCAGACAGAAACAUCUUGAGCAAUUUUUUUUUAUUGCUGAUGCACAGUUGAAGGUUUGAACUUAUACUGAGUCACUAGUCAAUUUGAACGCAAUGCAAUCUGCUAGAUUUAAUUUUUAGGUGUAUUCUCUGCCCAAUAUGUACAUUAUUUGAAACAGCAUGAUAUUUGUGCGUAUGCUUGAAAGGCCUUUAUUGUAGCCGUGUGAUUGGGCAGUGUUGGUUGUGCUUGAUUUGUAUGCAUUUGCACAAUUGAGAAUGGAACUGCUGACUUUUCUGUACCCUUGUCAAAGCUAGUGUGAUUUUGGGUCUAGCAAGUAAAACAUCUGUUACUGCUAAUGGAUAACUUGGCAAAUUAAACAUAACCACUUGAAAGCAGUGUCACUGUGUACAAGAUGUGUUGGGGGAAUGGGCAAGCAAAAGUAAUACUUAAGCUGCAGUGUACAUGAUCCUUUGUUGUUUAAAAGAAAAUAUUUUCAUGUUCAUGGAGUUUAGCCAUGACAAGUGGCAAGCUGGAAAAAUGAAAGCAAUAAAUGUGUAUUUGACUUGAA